AUGCCAUCAUCGUUUGAAUCAGCUUCAAAUUGGGAUUUCACUCCGGUGAUCAAUCUCCUCCGCACCCCGACCUACGGCACUGGUAGCUCAUCGGUUCCUUAUCGCCACCCAGAGUCCGCCUCAAUUGUUCGGCCUACGUGGGAGACAAACAACAACGAUGGCUCCGCUUCCUCUGCUGAUGUGCGUGAGGUGAGGCCUGGUGAGGGGGUCCCUCCGAAGCUAGGAGACUUUGGUUCUCUUUGGGAGCUUUUAGGCAGUACUAGCAUCUCGGCCUCCCGCCCACCAGUUGAACCUUGUGAACUUCAGCGAAACACGCCUACCCCUACGCCACAAUCGCCUAAGCGAAUCGAAAUCCUCAAACGACCUUUGGAUGACCCUGUCGACUCUGCAGGCUUGGAUGAGGAGCCUUCCCGUACUCCGUCAAAGCCUAUACCUGUCUCCAGGUCCCGCAACUUGCAGGCCAAGGCCACCGCCGGGAAGCGAGCUCCCAAUAAAUCAGAUGUUGCACUAAGCAAGCAUGUAGAUGAGGCUAGCACCUCUGAGAGCGCUGUGGAAGCCGAGUCUGAUGGCAACCUUAGCGUCUUUGAUCCUCCUUUGCUCAAGAGUGGAAGCACUCCGUCGCUGGUCCCUCCGCAGGUCGGCACGGCGGGUGCCAUGUCUGAUCCAUAUGAGACGCCGCCUUCCUCCUAUGAUGAGUCGAUGGAGGCAUCUCCGCCGAAGAUUGUGAAGAACCCUCCCAACACUGGCACGCUACGCGUACAGCCUAUUGCAUAUAGGUCUACGGCUGAUCGGAGGAUCGGUCUCUUGACUAAGCUUUUGAAGAACUUCCCCGACUAUGCAGAUGCCGUAACCCAAGUCGGACGGCCUUUGAACUCUAAGAAGACGGAUGUCACCCGCCGUCCCAUCCAUGUCUUUGUUGACAUGUCCAAUAUCAUGGUUGGAUUUCACGAUACGGUCAAGCUAUCGCGCAAAAUCCCGGUGAAGACGCGGAUUCGUCGAUUGCCUUUGUCAUUUCAAAACUUCUCUCUAAUCCUCGAGCGUGGCCGGCCCACCGCCAAACGAGUCCUGGUGGGCUCGGAUCGAUUUGCAGCCAUCACCGAAGGCGAACAACUUGGUUACGAAGCCAACAUUCUCGACCGGGUCCACAAAGUCAAGCAUAUGACUCCUCGUCAAAUGCGGUUCCGUAAGAAUCCUCGAGCUGGCGCUCACGACCCUGGUAGCGGUUCAGAAACGAACGAAGCAUCAGAGGAGCGCUGGGUUGAGCAGGGUGUGGACGAAAUUCUGCAUCUGAAGAUUCUCGAAAGUUUGCUAGACACGGACGAACCGGCAACCAUCGUUUUAGCCACGGGAGACGCGGCGGAAGCCGAAUUCUCGGGCGGAUUUAUGAAGAUGGUAGAGCGGGCGCUGAGUCGGGGCUGGGCCGUAGAGCUGGUCAGCUUCAGCCAAGUGACGAGCUAUGCUUAUCGCCGGAAGGAAUUCCGGGCGAAAUGGGGGAACCGAUUUCGGAUGAUUGCGCUGGAUGAGUAUAUUGAGGAGCUGCUGGAUAUGUAG